UUGCUUUUUGUUGAUAUUGGUGUCGGCAUAGUUCUCUUUUACGGAGAGGAAACAGCCAAUUAUUCUAAACAAACUGAUCUUUUUCUCGAAUUUUUAGAAUUUUGUUUAUGCAAUAAUCGAUUGGUCUUAUUUAGAAAAUAACUUUCGAAGAAAUUUAAUAUUAGUUGAUUAAGUUUGUAUUUAAAAAAAUCUCUCAUCACCAUAGAUGAUUUCAAACUUGAUGCACUAUAGAAAUUUAGAGGCGUAUUUAAAAGUACUUUACUGUUAUGUAAAAUGGAGUGGGCAUUUGAAAAACACGUUCCAGUAAGAGCUUCAUUCCCAAAAAGCAAGUUUUCAUUUUUAUAAAGUAAAGUUAAAAAAUCAAAAUUCCUUCAACUUUGUAACAAAAUCUGGUAUGAAUUGAAGCAAAUAAUGAAAGCUUCCAUUUAUAAUACAAGAAGAAGAAUGUAUUUGUUUUCAAACUGAUGCUGGAAAAUUCAUCAUUUCUGGUGGAGUACUCUUAUUUCAAAAAUGAUUUUACGCAUUUCAUGGAGUAUAUAUCGUUACAAAACAAGCUUAAUCUUUAUUUUGACGUACACUAUAGUCAUGCUCCUCAUCAUAUCCUAUUUCAAAGCAAAUAUGUAUCCUGUACCGAUGAAUUGUUUUGUAUAUGAAAAUAACGAUAUCAAGUCAAAAGAAAUAGUCUUCAAUGCUGAAAUUAAAAUGAACGACUUCUUAAAGUAUACAAAAAUUCAAUCAUCUAGUCAUAUUAAAGGUUGGAUUGAAAUCACUCAAGAUGUGUUCAUAUACUCUGUUUAUAUUGAUAAAUGUCCAUCUACAAUAUCUGAAUCUUCAGUUUGUGUGCAGUUUAUUGGAGUAGCUUUAAUGAAUAUUACUGAUACUGAUUCCUCUUUGUCAGAUUUGAAAUGUGCUUUAAAAGAAAAAUCCACUAUUAAAGAAUUAGGAUUUGCAUAUAUUGAAAAAUUGCCUGAACAUCAUUUUAAACCUUAUACAGCUAUUUUUGUUUAUUGCGUUGUGGAAGAUUUUAUAAUUGAUUUUACUUCUAUUUAUUAUGCAACAUUGUACAAAUUUUCUAUAUCAACAUGGUUACCAACAUAUUGUUUGAUUCCAAAAGUGUCUUCUAAUUUAGCUGUGAAUUUAUGUGUGCGACCAUUGUAUGGAUCAUUUUCUAUCAUUUUUGUAAUAGAAUUCUUGUCAUAUUAUAAAACUAUGGGUAUUCAGCAUUUUGUAUUUUAUCGUUUUAAUAUUUCUGAAUCAACUAACUUAUUUUUUGAAUAUCUUAAACAUACUAAUUUAAGUAUUGAAAUUAACCCUUGGGAUAUACCUCUUAAUGAUGAAUUAAUUCAUGAAUAUGGCCAAAUUGUAUUCACUCAAGACUGUAUUGUUCAAAGUAGAUAUAAAUUUAGUCAUACUAUUAUAGUGGAUAUAGAUGAAUUUAUUGUCCCAAAGCUUCAUUCGAACAUUACUUCUUUAAUUUCAUAUUUAGACAAAAAAUAUGAAAAUGCUGGGAGUUACAUUAUUCCUAUGGUGCUAUUUUGUGACGAAUUUUCUUAUGGUAAAAACAGUUCCUCCAUCUUUCGUAUUUUAAAUAAUAAUAAACGACAAAAAACACCUUGGGCUUGGGGAUAUCGAUCUAAAUAUAUUGUAAGAGCCGAUCGAGUGCUUUAUGGAGGAGUUCAUUUUGUGUGGAAAUAUAAAAAAAAUUGUUAUGAAAUCAAUGUUUCAGAUUCAGUAGCUUUGCUUUAUCAUUACAGACGUUGUUGUGGUCUUUUGCAAACUUGGUUUUUGCAUUUGUUUAGUUUUCAUGUAUUAAAUGAUGAGAUUGUGAUAGACAAUACUUUGAUUAAAAUUGCAGAUAAACUCCUUAAUGAUAGCUUGGUUUCAUUAGUUUUGGAAUCUUCAAAUUUUACAAUGUUUGCUGAUGUUUUGCAUUCAAUUCAUUUAAAAGGAAUAUGACGAUAAUGUAAUAGGAUCAGAUUAGUUUGUAGUUAAAAACUUGUUUGGAUAGUCGCGUAAAUAUGAUUCUUUCACUGGGCUAACAGUUCAGUUGGCUUGGAGGGCACAUUGUUAUUUAUUCCACUGUUAAAUAGGGGAAGUCGCUCGCAUGAUAUGCAAGCACGUUGGACACUCGCCAGGAAGCCCGAAAUUAUGUUUUUACCUUUAGAUAGCCAUACGAUGGGAUUUUCAUUAUUCCUUUCCACUUAACAGUUGCUCUUAUUUGGGUGAUGAGUAAUUUCAAAUUAUCAAAAUCUUUAAAAAUCAUUUAUAGUAAUCGCUUAAUCUUAUAUUUUGAAUUUACUUUGGUUAAUUCGAAGUCUGAAUUAAAAUAUGUUAGAAACUGUAUUUUCGGUAGUCAAAUGUUUCCGCAUCUCGUGUCCUCGGUGAUCGUCAAUGUGUAAUUUUCUCUCUGUCCUUAAAGACUUUAUUGGUGUGUAAUGUAUUCCAUAAAAAGCAUUAAAUUAUCACUUUUUAAAAGCGAUUUGAAUGCAUUAAAGGAUUCAAUUUAUUUUAAGAGUUCUUUUAAUGUGCAGUUUUUGUGU